GAGGGGAGGCCAAUCAUACGGCGUGCUGCAUGCUGUGCCGAACGGUCUGACAGGCAGCCAGCCUUGAGAGCGCAGGCACCUGGCGGAGGGGAUGGGAUGGGAUUGGAUCUGCCCUGGACACACACACGGGCUGGAACUGGUCUUGCUCUUGUCUCGUCUUUUCUUUUUCCUCUUGCUGGCUGACUGCUGGCUGCUGGCUGGCUGGCUGGUGCUCCGAAUCCUUACACACCCACUCCAAGUCUCCUCUCACGCCCGCCCACCACCACCACUACCACCACUGGUCUUUCUGUCCGUCUGUCUUCCCCCCUCCCGCCGUCACCCUCCUUUAUCUCUCUCGCCUCUCGCCUCCUCCUCCGUCUUCUUUCUUCUCCCUACCCCAUCUCUUUCCCGUCCCCCAUCUCAGUUUCCCCUCUUCACCUUUCUUCGUACUUUGGUAAUCCCCUUCUUCUGCUGCUUUGUUCUAUCCCGACCGUGGAUUCGGUGGCUUACCAUCCAGGCCGAGAUCUUCAGCCGACGUCUAUCGACCCUAUCAAGGUCCCCCGGCCUGGCGUCUGACGCUAAACCCAAAUCAGCACCGGGUCACCUGACUGGACCAGUUUGUGGCUCGUCCCGGAACUCGGACCCAAUAAUCCAAUCGAGUCCCAUUCUUGCCUGCCUUGCUCUGCUUCCUCCUUCACCAACCUAACUCUACCCAUUCCCAUCGCCCGAUUCCUCAUCUCUCUCAUCCAACCAACCCACCCACACCCACCCUAGGGACCUUGCGCGCUGAUCCG